AUGUACGGGGGCCUCGUAUCAAACGGCGUUACUGUGCCCAGCCAAGCAGAGCCUUUCCUCGCCCGAGUCAACAUCCGGAUGUGGAUCAUUGGCAACGGUGCCUGGAACGGGGCCGGUACAAGGCCCGCAGUAGGGCGCGAAGCUACUCUGCAAAGACCACGAUCUCGUCGGGAACGCCGUCGGCCACUUAAUGAGCUUCAGUACGGGACCGCCCACACCAAGCUACGUCUGGGGCUUCUGUCCACUGGCGACCACAUAGGAACCCAUGAGGGCACGCCCUAUGUCGACGUCAAAUUCGCCCCGGCUGACGGCGAUCUCCACCUGAGCCAUUCUUCAGGGGGGGACUCGCCGACGCCCACUGCUCCCGAUCCGACGCUGAGUCCCGGCGCCGCCGCCGCCAUCGCGUGCCCCGACCGACCGACUGUGUGUCGCGUGCAGACGCACCGCUGCGGCAUCUAUGCUGUCAGCUUCUACAUCGACGCGCUCCUUCCGGACCAGGCGGUCCCGCCAAGGCGAACCUGGUCGUCUCGUCAGCUGGGGGUACUCGGGCCGGCGCGAGCAGUCUCGCCCUCGCCAACAGGCAACCGCUCGGGAACCCCACGAACGGGCGCCGCGUUCGAGUUGAGGUUGGUCCAGUUCCUUGUGUCCGUGGUGCUGUUCAGGCAGGGCGAGAACUAA